AUGAAUAUUUUAAAAGUAAUAUUGCUUGUGUUUUUGAUACUCACAGUAACAGCCCAACAACUGAGAGGAAAUAAUGAUCAAACUGAUACAUCAUCAGAAGUUAAGAAAUGUUCAUGUGGAUCAGGAAAAACUACUACAGGUGGAUAAGGAUAGAACAAAGUUUCAUUACUACAAUAUUAAGAGGCUUUGAAGAAAUUACAUGAAGGAAUAAAAGAUGCCUCUUCUGAUUUUUAGGCAAAACAUAUAUGAUUUUCUAUACAUAACCAAGAAAAUUAUAUUCAUUAUUUUUCUUUAGAAUCUUCCAUGUUAAUGUUAAAAAAUAGAAAAUAUGAAAAUUAUAUGUAUUUCUAAACAAAAUUUAUGGAGCUCUAAUAAGGAAUUUUGAUCUUGAAGAGAAUACAAUUAGAAAUAGUUUAAUGAAUGAU